ACAGUUGCUCCGACUACAACCACGGUUGCUCCGACAACGACUACAGCUGCUACAACAACCACGGUUUCUCCGACAACAACUACAGCUGCACCAACAAGACCAGUUGGUCCAACUACAACUACUGUAGAUCAAACAACAACCACAGCUUCACCGACAACAACCACAGCUGUAUCAAUAACAACUACAGUUGCUCCAACAACAACUACAGCUGCUCCAACUACAACUACAGUUGCUCCGACUACAACCACGGUUUCUCCGACAACAACUACAGCUGCACCAACAAGACCAGUUGGUCCAACUACAACUACUGUAGAUCAAACAACAACCACAGCUUCACUGACAACAACCACAGCUGUAUCAAUAACAACUACAGUUGCUCCAACAACAACUACAGCUGCUACAGUUUAUCCAACUACAACUACCACAGCUGCAUCAAUAACAACUACAGUUGAUCCAACAACAACUACAGCUGCUACAACAACAACUACCGCUGUUACAACAACCACAGCUGCAUCAACAACUACCACAACUGCACCAAUAACAACCACAACUGCACCAACUACAUCUACAGAUGCUCUGACUACAACCACGUUUUCUCCGACAACAACUACAGCUGCUCCAACUACAACUACAGAUGGUCCGACUACAACCACGGUUGCUCCGACAACAACUACAGCUGCAACCACAAUACAAGUUACUCCAACAACUACCACAGGUGCUCCAACAACAGAUAGACCAACAACAGCUUCUCCAACCACAACAACUGCUCCAACAAAAACUAGAGCUGCUGCAACAACAACCACAGUUGCCCCGACAACAACUAUAGUUGCACCAACGACAAUACCAGUUGGUCCAACUACAACUAGAGCU